CGUGCAAUGUCAUGUUGUUGUAAUCUUUUAACGGAAGGGAGUAUGAGCCCUUUUUAUCAAUCUAUACAAAUAUCCAACGAUAAUGCUAAAUAGAAUCGCUAAAAUACAAAUGUACCCUCUAAAAGCAGCUUCAUCAGCAGCCUUCUUCCCAAACACAGUCCCAAAAGGCGGCCAUUUUCAGCUUCCAUUUUCAGGGACAUUUUCGUCACUAACUGCUUAUACUCAAGCCAUCACCAAACGCUGUCAAACCACUCUAAGCUCACAGUACUCACUUUCUCUCUCCUCUUCUCUACAACAUCUCCUUCAUCGUCGUUCUUAUUCUGAUUGGAAAGAUCAAAGAAGUACUCUGAAAAUGGCAUUGGAUUCUGAAGUUGUUCAAGAUGAUAGAAUUUCCAGGAUUUCUUCUACUAUCCGAGUUAUCCCUAAUUUCCCUAAACCUGGGGUUAUGUUUCAGGAUAUUACUACUAUGCUUUUGGAUCCACAAGCUUUCAAAGACACCAUUGAUUUGUUUGUUGAAAGAUACAAGGGCAAAGAUAUUUCUGUUGUUGCUGGGGUUGAGGCAAGAGGUUUUAUAUUUGGUCCUCCCAUUGCGUUGGCCAUUGGAGCAAAAUUCGUACCAAUGAGGAAGCCGGGGAAAUUACCUGGGGAAGUGAUUUCCGAAGAGUAUUCCUUGGAAUACGGAACAGACAAAAUGGAGAUGCACGUUGGUGCAGUAAAAGAAGGAGAACGUGCCAUAGUUGUAGAUGAUCUGAUAGCCACUGGAGGAACCUUAUCGGCUGCAAUCAAGCUGCUUGAGCGAGUCGGGGUACAGGUUGUUGAGUCUGCAUGUGUUAUCGAGUUGCCAGAGCUGAAGGGUCGAGAACGGUUAGGGAACAAUCCUCUUUUCGUCCUAAUUAAAUCAGCUUGAUCAUAUCUAUCGUCAAGGUCAGAAGCAACUCCGGGACAUCAUUAGCUUUCACCGUCUUGAUAUGAUACUAGUUCACCAAAAGGUUUGAAUUUAAUUCUAUCUACUAUUCCCCUUAUUGUAGUCCUCUUAUUUCUAGAAGAGGCUUGAUUGUGAUUCUAUCCCACUAUCACGCUUAUUUUUUUCGCCCUCUCAUUUGUCGAAGAGGUACGAUUGUGAUUCUAUCCACAAUUAACUUAUAUGUGUUCCUCGUAUACUCGAAAACAUUAUCAAUUCCUAAUAAGGCUCGGUUUUUUUUCCGCCUUGGCAUGAUGUAUGUAUGCACUCUCGUAUCGGGUCCCCAAAGGAACAAGGAUUGACCAGUUUGAUUUUAUGGAACACACAUUGAUUGCCCA